CGUCCAGGGCGCGCCCCUCCCGCUGCCAGAGAGCCCCAGGCCCCCGCCCCGCCCGCCCGCCCACGGCAGCGAGCGCCGCCCCCCUGGCCCGGCGCCCAGCGGAGCGCCAUGGAGAAGGCGGUGGGCCUCUCUUCGAAGGGCACCGGCCUCAAGGGGGACAAGAUCAGCACGGAGAAGCAGCCGGUCGGCAAGGGCGGGGCGAACCGCUACAAGAGCCGCGGCGGACCCUGCCCCUCCAAGGGGCGCCAGGCCGACAAGAGACGGCCAACCAGAUACUCCAGAGGCAGCAGCAGCAGCAGCAGACCCGGGCAGGAGUCCGAUGUGGCCGCAGAGCCGGAGCUGGCGCAGCGGGUCGAGGCGCAGGGCGGCUCGCAGCGCGCGGCGGCGGGGAGUCCCUCGAGGUCGAGCAAGGUGAAGCAGUUGCUGGUAGCAAACUUCAGCAACAUGCUGGAUUCUAUACCAGAGGCUGCGGACGAGGACAACGAGGACGCCAGGCUGUCCGACGCCAUGCGGGAGGCCAUCUACCGGUCCCCGCUGGUGGCCGGGUUGGUGGAGGGCGCCGCGCCCUCCAGCCGCAGGCGCGCCGAGCCCGCCCCCCCCUCUCCUGGCCAGGGCGCAG